AAUUGGCAACGCGAUCCCGAUACCAAGACACGAAACGAACGUACAACGGUAGUUAAGCGAUCCGUACGUGGUACGAGGUGAAAGACCGCGGACGAUCGAGACAAGAUUCCCGAGUUGAGAUACCGAACCCGGUGACGUCACAAUGGCGUCCACCGACACAUCGACCGCCAGCAGUCAGAUAUCCGCCGUCGCAGCUGAGGAGCACAAGCGAACCGUCGACGAGGCAUUCCUCAACAAGUUGAAAAGUCUCGUCGAGAGGUUGAGGCUUGAGAACUCGACCUUGAAGAAGUCGCUCGAUGUCGAGCGGAGCGAGGUCAGAGCACUGAAGGCCCGACACGAGAGCACAUUGAGAAACCUAAAGACUGAACACAGAAAGAAAGAGGAGUUCUUAGAGAAGCAACUCAGGACAGUAUGCAAGCCUGACAGGCCGACAGAAGAUGCACACUCAGGCAAUAGCAGAUUAGUAGAAAUAAAGAAGUUGUCAAUGGAGAUUCAGUCUUUAAAAGCUGCGAACAAGGGUCUACAAGAAAAACUCAAGGUCGCCCAGGCGGCGGAGUGCGCCCGCGCGGCCGAGCUGCGCGCGCAAGCGGCCAAGCACGCCGCGCUCGAGCAGGCCGCGCGGAGAGACGCACGCGCACAGUGCCAUAAACUGCUGGAGGAAAUAAAAUCGAAAGAGCGGACCAUCAUACAGUUGAGACGAGAGGCGGCGCGAGCGGCAGCCGCGCAACAAAACGAUCAGGUAAGUUCCAAUCACCUAUUCAAUUGCAGUCUAGAUUGUUUUGGAUACUUUUUAGAACCCCACAGCAUUUCUGUUAUACUCAGAUCAUUUUAAACUCAUAUUUCGCGAGUGUAAACUGAACCAAAAAUACUGUUAGAAAUGAAAAAUAUUUUGAUUGUUCACUUUGAAAUGACUAUAAUUUUAAUUAAGAAAGAUGUGCUACAAUUAUUAUGUGGUACAUGUAGGUACAAAUAAUGUCAUAUCGCUACGAGCAAGCAAAUGCACAUGUUAG